CGAUUAAUGUCGAAUUGUCAAAGGCUUCGUUCAUCAAUUUUAUAGGGUAGAAAUAAUUGCAACAUUUUUAUUAUUGCAAUUAUUUAUUAAUAUUCAUGGAAGGACUUGUUAAUUACAGUAGCGAAGACGAACAGGAGGAGACAAUGGAUCAUAUAACUUUGCCAAAUUCCUUUAGGCAGAACGCGGAAGCGGUGGUCGUAGUCCUGGCAGAUCAAGGCGUUCCUAUGACAUUGAAGCCACAAUGAUUGGCGAUGGAAGUCGUGGAGGAGGUAAACGUGGUUCACCAGCCGCACGCAAUAACAGUUAUAGAGAUGAGGACACACAAAGGCAGACUUCUUCCUUUGGUAGUGGCAAGAGACCAACCUCAUCAACAUACUACAGUCGAGACAACAAACGGGACAACCGCGAUAAUAGGCGAGAGAGUCGCGACAAUGUACGUGACCAUAGAGAAGAGCGAGAACCGAGAGAUGCGCGUCAUUCUAAAGAUCACAGUCGUUAUGACUAUAAGAAUGAUCGCACACGUGCACGGGAUUACCAGACUGAUCAUAAGCGAGAACGUGACAGCUAUGAUAAUCGUCGACCUCCUCGGGAUGAUGAUCGCUACAGGUCCGCUUCGUCGUCAUACAAAAAUAAUCGUUUUGGUGGCAAUGGGCGUGAUGAACGCUCUCGAAAUGAUUCCACCACUACAAAUGCGGGUCCUUCUUUUCGUCAACAACAUCACAACCGUUCCGUUGAUCAACGGCAUACGGAGCAUUCUACUAGUCGUCAUCGCCGUCGCAGCAAUUCUCGUUCUCCUUCACCUGCAGCAGCGCAACGUCAUUACCAUAAUAAGCGUUCUACGCACGAUGAAAAGUCGCAUCCCCGUCAUCGUAGUCGAUCUCGUUCACGUUCCGUUACACCGACACGUUCCGAUUCCCGUGAACGCGAAGGAUUUCCUUUGGAAAAAGCACGUGUGUCAGCUCAAGAAAUGGAGCGUAAAAUACAUCCAGUUAGUCGUACAUCACAAGAAAAAGAAGCUAAGUCUCUGCAAGCCAACGCACGUACAGAAGCAUUGUUGUCGCUCCCCUUAAAUGAAACUGCUCCGAAGCAACCAAACGUAAUUGCCGUGGCACCAGUUCCCUCAACCUCGUCAAAGAAUGGCGGCGAACCAGCGGUCAUCCAACUACCUAGUUACUACAAUCCGAAUGUUAUAAAUCCAAACAAAUAUGCCGAGCAGGUUCAAAAGCGCAAACUGAUUUGGGGAGCGAAGAAAGUGGAGGACACCGCGGCAAAAUGGGGCAAUGCACAAUUCUCCCAAGAUACUGAUGGCAAAGUGGCAUCCAAGUUUAUGCGUUUGAUGGGUAUCAAAGGCAGCGCUCCCCCGAAGAGUGAAGGAGAAGUGGUUGAGCAGAAGGCUGUUCCGUCGGUGGCGCCAGAUGUCAAAACCCGGGAGGUAAUGUUCUCGAACAUGGAGCAGCAGUAUGAGGUCGCACGCCAGGCUACUCAUACGAUGCGGGGAGUCGGUUUAGGUUUCAGCUCACAGGCUCGACCGUUUUGAAUAGCAUGUACAAGCGGCGUGUCGUUCGAAGCUGUGGCCAACUAUCUCAAAUUGUUCAAUUUCCGUGUAUAAUAAGUAAUUCGCAGCAGAUGUUGAUAAUAUUCGUUUCUGAACUAUGUAUAAUAACUGAAUUGGUAUGUUAAAUAAACAUGAAUAAAUAAAUAUACCGUGAAAAACUA